AUGGUGCAGUGGAAUUUGUAUCAGGAGAAGCUUGGAAGCUUGGCUUCGGGACGGCCAAUCUGUCUAGAAUGGCGAUCCUCUAAGGUCUUUAUCCUGUUUAUGGUGGCCUUUGCUAUGUUUACGGAUAUGCUUCUUUAUGGAUUGAUUGUCCCUGUGAUUCCAACCGUUCUCACUCAACGAGUAGGGUUAGCAGUAGAUCAAGAGCAGCAGUGGACGUCCAUCCUCCUUGCCCUCUACGGGUCAAUGUUAUUGGUGUUCUGCCCAAUCUCCGGCUACGUAGCCGAUCGCAUCCAAUCGAGACGAUGGCCACUCCUCGUCGGCCUAGUGAUCAUGGGAGCCUCGACGGCCCUACUCUGUGUGGGCUCCAACCUGGCCCUCUGGAUCACCGGCCGCCUCUUCCAGGGUGCCUCGGCUGCCGUUGUCUGGACCGUAGGGAUGGCUUUGCUGGCGGACAAUGUGGAAACGGACGAAUUGGGUGGUGCCAUGGGUCUCGCAAGCUCAGGAAUGACGCUGGGAGUGAUGGUUGGUCCUCUUCUGGGAGGUGUCCUGUAUGAACACGCUGGCUACUAUGCCGUCUUUGGUCUAGCAUUUGGCUUCAUCGGACUUGAUAUCUUUUUCCGUCUGGUUAUGAUCGAGAAGAAAGACGCCGCGAAAUGGCUCAAGAAUGACAGUGAGAGUGACAGCGAAACCGAAACCGCCAGGAACAGAGACAGUGAACCCCAGACUCCCCAAUUCCUAGCAGACCCCAUUGACAGUAGCGAACGCGGUCUCGCCACUACCCCUACCCAAGACACCGAGACCUCCUCCCCUGACAGACAGGACCACUCAACCGACACCUCGUCCACCUGCACCGCCAACACGCCCGACGAGGCCGCCGCCAGCAUGCGCAGCAAAUCCGAAAACGCACACAGCCGCGCCAGUACGCCCACGACAUCUCCCAACCCACUCUCCCACAAUCGUCUCCUCACGCUGCUCAAAUCGCGUCGCCUCGCCGUCGCCCUCUUUGCGUACUUCAUCCAAGCCACCUGCGUCAUGUGCUUCGACAGCGUCCUCCCGCUCUUCGUCCGCGACACCUUCGGCUGGGGCCAGGCCGGCCAAGGCCUCAUCUUCAUCCCGCUCUCUCUCCCUCACAUCGGCGACCCGCUAACAGGCUUCAUCGUCGACCGCUGGCCCCGAUGCCGCAUCUACCUAGCGGCCGGGGCCUUCCUGGCCGCCGUACCCUUACUCGUCUGUCUACGCUUCGUCACCGAGAACACCCUCGGCGAUAAAGCGCUACUAUGUGCCCUGCUGGCCCUAAUCGGCGUCGUAGGCGGGGUCCUGGAACCCCCGAUAAUGGUCGAAAUCACGUAUCUCAUUGAAAAGAAGGAGAAGGAAUUCCCGCACGUCUUUGGUAAGGGCGGGGGGUUGGCGCUGGGCUAUGGGGUUAUGAAUGCGGCGUGGGCGGCGGGGAGUCUGAUCGGGCCGAUCUAUGGAGGGUUUAUAAGGGAUCAUGAUGGUUGGAAUACGAUGUCUUGGGCGUUGGGAUUGUUGAUGGGUGCGCCGGGGAUUUUGUUGUUGUUUUUGUUGAGAGAGUAG